AUGCAAGCCAAUUUUCAGACUCCAGCCCAUUUUCAGACUCCAGCAUAUAUUCGGACUCCAGUCCAUUCGAAGACUCCAGCCCAUAAACUGACACCAGUCCAUUUUCAGACACCAACCUAUAUUCAGACUCCAGUCCACUUUCAGAAUCCAGCCCAUUUUCAGAUUCCAACCCAUUUUCAGUCCUCCAUCCAUUUUCAGACCACAACCCAUUUUCAGACUCUGGCAUAUAUCCAGACUCCAGCUCAUUUUCAGACUUCACCCUAUAUUCACACUCCAGACCAUUUUCAGACUCCAUUCCAUUUUCAGACUCCAGCUCAUUUUCAGACCCAAGCCCAUAUUCAGACUCCAGCCAAUUUUAAGACUCCAGUCCAUUUUAGACUCCAGUCCAUUUUAGAUAUAGUCCAUUUUCAGACUCCAGGCUAUAUUCAGACCCUAGCCCAUUUUCAGACCCCAUUGCACUUGCAGACUCAAUCCCAUAUUCAGACUCCAACCCAUAUUCAGACUCCACCCUAUUUUCAGACCCAAGCCCAUUUUCAUUCCCUAGUCCUUUCUCAGACUCCAGCCUUUUUUAAGACUUCAGCCCAUAUCAGACUCCAGCUCAUUUUCAGACUCCAGCCAAUUUCCAGACCCCAUCCCAUUUUCAAGUCUUUUUCAGAUUCUGCCCCAUGUUCAGACUCCAGCCCAUAUUCAGACUCCACCCCAUUUUUAGACCCCAGACCAUUUUUAGACUCCAACCAUUGUCAGACUCCAGCCGAUAUUGAGAUUUCAGCCCAUUUUCAGACUGCAGCCCAUAUUAAGACUUUAGCCCAUUUUCAGACUCCAGUCCAUUUUCAUACUCCAGCCAAUUUUCAUACUCCAGCCAAUUUUCAGUCACCAGUCCUUUUUCAGUCUCCAGCCCAUAUUCAUACUCCAGCCCAUUGCCAGACUCCAGCUGAUUUUCAGAUUCCAGCCCAUUUUCAGACUUCAGCCCAUAUUCAGACCCCAGCCCAUUUUCAGUCCAGGGACAUUUUCAGACUCCAGCCCAUUUUCCGACUGCAACCCAUUUUCAGACCCCAGCCAAUUUUCAGUACCUAG